AUCCGAUGCCUCCCUUGGUAAGAUUCCCUUAUCUACUUCAGGGAACCCAGCUGACCUUCAGAAAAACAUGAACCUAGGCUAGAUAUAUCCCCUUUCCCCCCAUUGCUUCUGGGUUCAGCAGGAAACAGAGAGGGACAGGAGACUUUAAGGUUGCAGUGUUAUGCGUGGCUGUUCCAAUUGAAUUCAGGGUAGCUUACAUCUGGGUAAAUACACAUAAGAGCAGGUGACAAACUGAGAACCUGUUUGCCAAGGGAGGAUUGAUGCAUAAAGGGUGUAACUGAAUAGCUGCUGCAACAGGUGAGACUGGUCAAAGAGCAAGGUGUAGAAAUGGGGUUCAGGUUUGUUUAAGAGGAGCCAGCUGGACAUCCAUUUGCGUAGCAAUACCAGUGUGGCUUCUUUCUCUUUUUUUAAAUGUUAAUUUUUGUCUAUCCACCAUUGGGAAAAAAUCUUACAUUUAUAUGCUAAAUUUUGCAGCAGGAAGAGAAAAAGAGAAGAAUCUACAUUUUGCAUUCUCAACAAGCUUUGCAAGAGGGAAAAAAUACAUUAGUGCAUACGGUGCUGUUUACCAUUUACGCUUUGGGUAGGGCUGGAGGAGAAGAAUGAAAGUAGAAACAAGGCUCAAGAGGGGGGAUUUGUCAGUUUUUGGAGCGUGUGCAUGUAUGAGAGAAUGAGAGUGAGAGCAAGGUGCAUUCAGUUUUUACAUAUAUGGGGAAGUUGAAGGUGAGAUUAUCCAGUCCCUAAGGAUUUGGAUGAUGAAACGGCAGCCUUGUUUCUAGGACUUUGGAAAUUAGGAAGCUGAGAACUUUUAGAGGGAACUGCAAUGUAAGACAGAGCUAAGGCAGACUUAGCAAGAUAGGGGUAAGGUUUAGCGGUAUCCUUUUCAGUCAGUGGGUUGUUGGCCAAAGAGGAGAGCUUGAUUGUGGCUAAUACCCUGGAUAAAUCCUCACAGACAUGGCUACACAGCAAAACAAAUGUCGAAAGCUGGAAAAUACUUUUUCCUUGAUUCUGGUUCCUUUUGUUCAGUGAUUGUUCCUUUCCCAGCAGAUCCUGAAAAGGAAGGUAACCCGGUAUCCUGAAGCAUGAGAGUUCAGAUGAGCAUGGGAUUAAUUUCUCACCACAGCCCUCUGAAGGUGAUGGUCUGGAGAUGAAGACCCAGUCCCAAAAGGUGCAUCUCUGAUGAUUCCUUGGUUCAUGGCAAGAGGAGACAGCCUUCCAAGGGAUGGGUAACCAUGAGAAAAAUCCGUCAUCUCCUAAAAGGGCACUACCCCCUUCCCGGUCCAACAGCACUGUGUCUUCCAAACACAGCAUUGCUUGGCAGAGUUCCGAAAGCUGGGAAGUGGUAGAUGAACUGCACAUCCAUAGUGGGGUCAUCCAGCAUCCAGAAAGGCAGGAGGGCUACCUGCUAAAGAAGCGAAAAUGGCCCCUGAAAGGCUGGCACAAGCGUUAUUUUGUUUUGGAAGAUGGCAUCCUGAAAUAUGCCACAACACGCCAAGAUGUCUUGAAGGGGAAGUUACAUGGCUCCAUAGAUGUUUGUUUGUCAGUCAUGUCGGUCAACAAGAAGGCCCAGCGUGUGGACUUGGACACAGAAGAUAAUAUUUAUCAUCUUAAGAUAAAAUCCCAAGAGCUGUUCAAUAAUUGGGUCGCAAAGCUGUGCUUGCACCGGCAAGUGGAGAAAUUGGAUGCAUCCCGAAGACAGUUCCUAACAGGUGGUGAGAGAGCCUCUCAUCCCUCACAAGCCUGCAGCUCACGGCGCCACAUUCUGAUAUCAGAAAGUGCCCCUGUCUUAUCUUCACUGGCCAGUUCCCGGGAAAAGGUGAAUUCUUGGCUCAGUGACAGCAAAGGGCUGGACAGGUGCUCAGCAGAACUCUCAGAAUGUCAGGGAAGGCUUCAAGAGCUCAGCCAUAUGCUACAGAGUUUGGAAUCUCUCCACCGCAUUCCCUCUGCCCCUCUAAUCUCUAGUAGUCAGACCUCAACAGGAACAGAAAGACCCAGAAAGGCGAAGAGAUCCACCCGGAUCUGGUGCACUCAGAGCUUUGCAAAGGAUGACACCAUAGGCAGGCAGGUGGGACGCCUGCAUGGCUCCGUUCCCAAUCUCUCAAGGUAUUUUGAGUCCUGUCAGAACCAGGCCAUCUUUAGCGUACCUCCAGAGUAUAGCCAACUGCAAAGAAGUUUCUGGAUCUUAGCUCAGAAAGUUCAUGGUUCUCUCAGCAGUGUGCUGGCUGUGCUGACCUCCGAGCGUGACCGUCUCCAAGAAUUGCAGCGGAUGUUAGAUCUGCAGCGUAUCACUCUGUCUUCUGCACAGGAUGGCCAUGGGGAUGGCAUCAACUCUACUACAGCUGGUGCUUCUCUGCAGACUCUUGACAAUCCUGAAUGUAUUCGCCGCUUCCAUUCUCUCUCCGUCUCCUCAGAUACUACCCUCGAUUCUUUUGCCUCAUUCAGUGCUGAUGAGCCGGAUGCUCUCUUGGUUAAGGGACAGGAGCAGCAGCUCUCAAAUUGCAGCAUUGUGUCUCUUUCGGAUUCACACACUGAGUUCUUUGAUGCCUGUGAGGUAUUCCUGUCAGCCAGCUCAUCUGAGAAUGAGGCCACGGAUGAUGAAUCCUGUGUCAGCGAAGUGACCAACAGUAUUUCAGAGGAGAUGGUAGAUAUGCCAGGAAGUUCUGACCGUUGCCACAAAGUAGGCUCAGGACCUAUGCAAUGUAUUGGGAGCUCUUCCGAGAUGAGCCUAGGUUUGCCAGUGCCUCUUCCUCUGUAUCUUCCUGGGCCGGGACCUGGGAUAGCCCGGAGGAACUGCCUCCCAGCCUCCCACAACCAUGCCAAUGACAUCAGCGUCUGGAACAUUCUUCGGAACAACAUUGGCAAGGAUCUCUCCAAGGUCUCCAUGCCAGUGCAGUUGAAUGAGCCGCUCAACAUGCUGCAACGCCUUUGUGAAGAGCUGGAGUACAGCGCCCUGCUGGAUGCAGCCAGUCGCAGUCUGGACCCCUGUGAAAGAUUGCUCUGCAUAGCUGCCUUUGCUGUAUCUGCCUACGCCUCCACCUACUACCGUGCUGGCAGCAAGCCAUUCAACCCUGUGUUGGGGGAAACAUACGAGUGUGUCCGCCCAGACAAGGGCUUUCGCUUCAUAAGUGAACAGGUGAGCCAUCAUCCUCCUAUCUCUGCUUGCCAUGUAGAGUCUGACAGUUUCAUUUUGUGGCAAGACAUGAAGUGGAAAAAUAAGUUCUGGGGCAAAUCCCUUGAGAUAAUUCCAGUUGGUACAGUGAAUGUCCAGCUUCCCAGGUUUGGGGAUCACUAUGAAUGGAAUAAGGUGACUUCUUGCAUUCACAAUAUCCUCAGCGGCCAGCGCUGGAUUGAGCAUUAUGGUGAGGUGUUGAUUCGAAACACGAGAGACAGCACAUAUCACUGCAAGCUUACUUUCUGCAAAGCACGCUACUGGGGCUCCGGGGUCAAUGAGGUGCAGGGUGCCAUUCACAGCCAUAACGGCAAGGUUAUCCAUCGACUCUUCGGGAAGUGGCAUGAAGGGUUGUAUUGUGGUGUAGCUCCUGUUGGCAAGUGCCUCUGGAAGCCCAACCUUAUGCCCCGAGACCAAGAGAAGAACUAUGGUUUCACUCAGUUCGCCCUGGAGCUAAAUGAACUAACGCCAGAGCUGAAGCGUCUCCUGCCAUCUACGGACACAAGGCUGAGGCCUGACCAGCGGUACCUGGAAGAGGGAAAUGUGCAGGCUGCGGAGUCUCAAAAACGACGGAUUGAGCAGUUGCAGCGAGACCGGCGUCGGGUGAUGGAAGAUAACAAUAUCCUGCACCAAGCACGCUUUUUCAGGCGACAAGUGGAUGCCAGUGGCAAGGAAUCUUGGGUGAGCAACAACACCUACUGGAGGCUGAGGACAGAGCCAGGCUUCAGCAAUAUGGACAGUGCAGUCUUGUGGUAGCUGCUAGCAUCUGCAAGAGCAGCGGUGCCUUCCCGCCAUCUCCCAAAGUGGGGGAGCAGACAGCAAGGGUCUCUUGCUAGAUAAGCACAAAGUGAUCAAGGCGUGUAACCCUGAAAUACCAGCAGCUUACGAAGGAAGGGGACACUAUCUCUUACGUGUUGUGCCGUCCGCUUCCAAAGCAGCACUCUUAAGAAAGAAAACCCAUGUCCAUCUGCCAUGCUUGCACUGCUGCCUGCUGGUUAGGCAGACAUUGGUGGACCCCUGGAUUGUCACAAAUGAAGAUGGCAACAGGAAGCACUUUAAUCUCGCUUGGACCUUGAUAAGGCUAAUCAAAUGGAUUGCUCCAAAGCACUUAUAAAUAGGAGGUUCUACCUUCAAAGCCUGCCUUUUGUUCAAGUAACAGCAACACCCAACAGCAAUGUAUGCUGGGGGCUACUAUCUGGUGGUAGGAGGCACUGGAGUGAUUGUUUGCACAAAGGAGUUAGGGGACUGAAGGUUUGGGUCUUCUGACUACCUAGCAGUGCCCUUCUGCGGUAGCUGCUUUCACACACGCUUCUAUUAUUUUUAAAUUUGUAUAUCCCAUUCAUUUGGAAGGAGUUGGAUGCUGUCUCAAGCACUGUUGUUUUGAUGAAGUAUGGCCUAGUUGGAUUAGAAGUUCUGUCUCUGGAAGCAGAUUGGAUUUGCAGCAGCCCUCUGAAGAAAGCUCUUCUUAAGGCCUUGGUGGACUUUGACAUCAGCUGGAGUGAUGUUCCCUCCACCCCAAAGAUGCCAGAUAUUUGUUGUCUAAAUGGUACCUCUGUCUGGGCAAAACCAGGAUCUCUUUCAGGCAGAAUGCCUUGAGAAAGCACCUCUUGGACUUUGCCUGCAUCCCUUCCUUAUCCCAAUGUUUUGUGUGGUCUGUCUUCCUUUCUUCCUCCUUUGUGAGAAAUAUGUUUCCACUCUGCUCUGCUACAUUUCCUUCCGCAUUUGAAGCAAUAAUUAAAACAGAGGUGUGUGGAGGAGACACUUUAGUGCUCCUAAGUGAAGGAUUGUGGAUUCCUCUAAUACUGUUUGUAGCUCAGGGCAGGGUCUGAGAGAUGUGAUUGUACUGAAUGAAGAAAGGUGGAAAGACUGUGUAGAUGACAGACCGUGGGGCGGCAUCAAAAUUAAAGGCAAGUGUAGGCUGGUAGGUAGAGUGGUUGGAGAGGAAGCAUGUGUGUUUUGGUUUUGGGUUUCUCCUGUGGAAGCAAAAUAGAGCAAAACAUGGCAAGGGUAUAGGAUGGUGUGAGUUCUGGGCACCUGGGUCUUCUUCUAAUGGACAGGGCAAAGGAGGAAGGAAGAAAACUGUCUGAACCUACCUAGCUUUCAAGUCGUCAUACAACAACAGUCCAGCAAUCAUACUUAUGAGACUGCUGGGUACUUGACAGUCCUACAGUUCAUGGAGCCCUGGAUGAGCUACUGUUCAGGUUAGGAUUUAGCUUGGUUUGCUCAGGCUUUGUCUGAGGUUACAUUCACAGUUAUUUUCCUGGUUUAUGUAUGCUUUGUUUUACUCCCCAUCCCCUAUCCCAAAGAACUCCAAACUUGGGGAAAGGUGUUGAUUGGAAAUUAUCACACAUAUUUAUGAUGCUACAAUGUUUGGGUACAGUGCUAGACCCGUGCUAGGCUGCAGUCUCAGUGUACCUCCAAUGCUUUACUGUUUCUCUACGGCAUUUGUGGAGAAUUUCAGGGCAGGGCAGGGCAGGGCAGGGCAGGGCAGGGCAGGGCAGGGCAGUCUAAUGUUUACAUAGCUUUAUGUUUGUUUUUCAGUGUUAGACUGAGUCUUUCAUCACAGAUUAUUAGGGAGGAAGGCCUUGUUGCUGGCACUGCUGGGUUGUAGAAUAUCAAACACUGUGCUGAUCAGUGCCCCCCCCAAUACAACUUUGGGCACACUAGCAUCUCUCUUGGCUUAUUAACCCAGUAUAGCACUUAUGUGUAUCUGGACGGCAUCACUCACUGAAUUCCUGGAAAGUACUUUGGCUUCCAAAUUUGCUGUGAACUAUUGUGGAUUGGUUUGUUGUUCACUGUUUGGGUAAAGUAGUGUUGAGUCUUCAGUCUGACACUGAGCUUGUAAGAAAAGACCUGGAAGAGUUUUAUUUCCAUGUGAUUCCCAUAUUACACUGGGGGCCAAGAAGCUCUUUUAGCUUGUGGGUUCAGUUUGGAUCCCUUUAUUUGUGCUAUUUGAUACAAUGGAUGUGAUGACUGCUGCAUGCAGGGAAGAAUGUUGUUUUCCCUGUGACCUGCACCUAAAAAUUCAAUCAUACACAGUCCAGUAGAUGUCCUCUGUGUGAGUCUGUCCCUCUCUGUCUGCUUGAGUGUCUUUAAUGUUUUGUCUUUCCCAAGUGCAGGUCAACCUGCUUUCGUUUGCCUCUUCCGGCUGGCCCGGUCUUGAGUUGCUGCUCCAUCUUUUAUGUUCAUGUUAAUUGGCCUCUGUCCUUGUACUGUAGCUUGAACAAUCCAUGGUGCGUCUAAUUAAAAAGAGUUGGAAAG